GAAACUUGUGCUCAAGGCGGUCCCUCGGGGGGUGAUGGCCCUCACGCCGACAGAGCGUCGUCUCCUACAACGUUUCAAUAAUUAUUAUGCUUGAGCAUCAUUUUCACUCAAAUUAUUUCCUAUCAAUACUUUAUUAUUUUGUUAACCUAGUGAAGCGUGCUAAAUGCCGACACGUGAUUUUUGAAAACGCUUUCGAACGCGUGGGUGUUUCUAUCUCUCUCUUGUUCGUGUACCAACAGGCAUUCCUUUUUUCACGGCGCUCGUCUCGCGCCGCUUCGUUAUUUGUUUUGUUGCCCAUCCAUUCUUUCUACUGCACGCUCAACACUCUUAGGCCUUUUUCCCUUGUAAAAUCUUGACCGGGACGCCAAAUUUUACCGUUAGCAAACCUUGACGAAUUUGAUUCAACAUUUAUUAUGGAAUCUGGAAACAACCUGCCCACUGUGGGUAAUUAUCCCGGCGGGAAUCGUCAACAAUUUUGCGUAUCAUGGAAUUCUCAUCAGUCAAAUAUGCACAGUGCUUUUCCAAAGUUGCUAAGUUCUGAGCAAUUUGUGGAUGUCACUUUGGCGUGUGAUGGUGGCUCCAUUAAAUGUCACAAGGUUGUUUUGUCAGCAUGCAGUGAUUACCUGGAACGAUUGCUUUUGGAAAUACCAUGUACACAUCCUAUCAUAUUCCUUCGGGAUAUGCGUAUGUGGGAACUCCAAGCAUUAGUGGAGUUUAUGUAUCGAGGAGAAGUUUAUGUUGAGGAACAGCAGCUUGCUAAAUUAAUGCAGGCUGCUGAAGCUCUUCAGGUUCGUGGCCUUUCAAGCCAAGGACGAGACAAUAAUCAAGACACCCCAACGCCACAAAGUUCCUCCAGUGUACCAACAACACCAACAACUCCUGUCAAACUUAAUCAAGUAAAUUUAAAGACCGACGACACACUACCUAUUGACUCGAUUAACCUCAUAGACAACUCACCAGCAGUCGUAUUAAAUACAUCAAACAAUACUCCGAUAACUUCACCACCCAGUGAACCACCCGUUUCUAACACUUCCAACUUCAUGAACAUUGAACAUACUGAAGCCCUUCAACAUUUAGAGAAAGCUUUAAGCUCCUGUGAAGCCACUUUAACUGAGGCUCCAGGAAUGGUUAAAAUGGAACCAGAUGAACCAUUUUUUCAACAACAACAGCAAGACAAACCCUAUUCUAUCAGUAUGGUACCGACAAGCAAUUGUAAUACAACAACCACUACUACGACCAACAGUCCCUUUCCUGCUAUAGAAGGUUAUCAAAGACGACAACGACGUUCUGAAGCAGAAUUAAAAAUGGCAUCGGACAUGGUAGCACGCGGCAAAACGUUUCAAGUAGCUUCUGAGAAAUACAACAUUCCGAUCAGCACAAUUCGCUUCUACAUGGUCCGAAAGGGUCUUUUGCAGAGGCGAAAACGGGGACGCGGCUCGACUAACAUAGGUGCGUCGAACAGUCAGCCCAGCAGCCCCGCGACUACUCCACCAUUUCACAUGAUGAAUUACCGCUUGCCUGAGACUCUAAAUUCGAGUCUUCAGUAGUGGCUAAGAGACGUGAAAGUGAAAUACCGGUUGUUUAUCCGGUCAAUACGAUUAAGUUAUCGUCGUGGGUAUAAUAAUCGAUUUUUUCCCUCAUCGAUUCUCUAUAUCGGAAACUGUAUCCGUUUAUUAUUGUUUCAUUUAUUUGAGUUUGUCGACGGGCGAAACGUGCUUAUAAAUGCAAAGUACACGUUCGUUGAGAGAUGAGUAGUGAGUUUUAUUAUGUCAGAACGUACGUUUACAGUUUACUAACCCGAUAAUGAUGAAAACAAUUACUUAUAUUAUUAAGGAACGAUUAAUACUAAAAGAGAGUAUAAAACAAUAUUGUACAAAUAUUGUAUUCAUACAAUCCGGUUGAAAGCAAUAAGUAAAAUGACGGAAUUAAAUUUUUUUUUAAGAAAAAUUCCGUGCUAUAAUAUAUUUUCAAAUAUUAGUAUCAACUACUAAUUUGACUUUAAAAAUUUGUUUUAACAUUCCCAUAAGGCCUAAAGAAAUGAAAAAAAAUUUUUAAUCGUUCCAAUAUCAAAUCUCAAGCUAAGGUUUAGAUUCGACGUAGUAUCGGUCUAUUACCAUUGUUUUUUGUUUUUAAAAAAAAAAAAAAUUAUUUUUUAAGCUAAAUGAUGUCGCAAGAGCCAGAGGUAGUAUUCCAGUGAAAGCAUUAGAUGUAGCCGGGGUUUUUGGACUAUUUUUUGAUAUAGAAAUAUUUUUCACUGUGAAUAUUUACCAAAAGCGAACUAAACUAAAUCGUAAAGAUAAAAGAAAAAAAAUAUAAAGACUUCUUGCUCUUAUUUUUCACGGAUCCUUCGAUGUAAAUCCGCAAUACUCUGGAAUAUAAUCAUGACGUAGUAUAAACGCUUUUUACAUAUUAGUGUAUAAAAGAAAUGAACAAAACAAAAUGAGGAAAUAAAGAAGUAACACGUAGUCAACGAGAUGACAGUACAUUUGGUUUGUAUAAAAACAUUUAGAUUCGGAGUGAAAGAAAUCUCAUUGUUUUUAUGGAAAUACAAUUGUGAAUAGUCUCUCUCUCUUUUUCUCUUUCUCUCUUUCUCUCUCUCUCGAAGUGGAAACAACUUCGUGCGGUGUUAAUGCCUUUGUUAAAUAUAGCAUUCAAAAGAGGCCAUAUUUUUUCAUGCAAUGCAAUAAUUGAAACAUAGUUACACUCACUGAGAAACCGACCGAACAAAGCAAAGAAGCAAAUAAAGUAUAAAAAUAAUAAUAAUAAUACUAAUGAUAAAGUUAAAAAAAGAAAAACACUAAUAGAAGAAAGUGUUAUAGGAUAAUAAUAAUAAUAAUUUAAUUUUUUUGUCUUUGUAAAUCGUCAAUUUGUGACGCUAUUGAUACUGACAAUGGCUCUGAAUAGUAGAAAGAUGUUUAACCAACAAGAAACAGUUUAAUCAAACCAGUAUUCCAAAAACCAAUGCAGAAUAAUUAGUUUUCUAAACAGUUUUUUAUAGAAUCGCUUCUUUCACCAAUCCCGCGUGAAUUUGUCUCAUUUCAUCAAGUAUUCUUUCUUUUAGUUUUUCCCUCAGCAUUUUUUAAUAAUACAAUUAUUAUUAUUACCUUUUUUAAGUAAGAGACUACUCCCAUUGGAGUAUGAUUAUUAUUAAAUGAAUAUACGCGUAAUAAAAAAAAAUUGUGAGAGUUUAAAAAUAUUGUAAUUACAUAUUAAAACUCUCAUUCUUCCAUUUCUUUAGUAAUAUUCUUGCAAUUUAUAAAGCUCAGCCAUUUUAGUGGCAAUUAAUAUUGAGUUUCAUUAGUAAUAAUGAAAUUGCAAUUUUUUUUUAUAACGGAUACAUUACUCGGUGGCCGUUUUAUAUUUGUAGAUAAAAUCAAUGACUGGUAAAAAAAAAAAAAAACUAAUUGUGUAUUGUUUAUAAAAAAAAUAAGAAACGGAUAAAAAAAAAAUUUUUUUACUCAUAAGUCUUCAUACCAAGUUACCGAGAUAGGGCCAUUAUACUGUUGUUUGACUGUAAAACUCCAAGACUUUCAUCCAUUUAAAUUCCUUUGAAAUUUACCCUUUAGUCAGGACAAUCAUGGAACUCAUUUUAUAGUAUCAUGCAUUGUGAAGUUUAUUUAUAUGAUUCUCGAAACGAUUCGAAUUGUUCCUUCGUGACUCGUUCAAUGUGUACAAGUGUAUCUUUUAAUAUUAUUUGUAUUAUUUACUUUACAUACUUUAGUAUUAUUUUUUUUGUCAUGUUUUGUUUGCGAAUUUUCGUACAUAGUUUUUUUUUUUUUUUAAUUUUUAUUAACGUAACGAAAAAAAAAACAACAACAAAUGAUAUUUAGUAUAAAAACUACCAUAGAUUUUACAUUAUACUUGCGAAAGAGCAUUCAGAAUCGUCAAUCAUGAAUCAUUUUGGUGACUGCAACUCAGUAACAACAAUUUUUUAAUAAGUAAAUAGUAUGUAAAAGAGAUUAAAUAGAGUUCGAUAUUUAAAUUUUCAUAAUCAAUAAAAGCAUAGAUUAUACUUAUAAAAUAUCAAAAAUAAAAAAAAAAAAAAGAGAAAAGAAGUAGAAAGAAGCAGGAAAAUUGAAUAUAAAGAGAUUUUUUUGAUUUCUUUUUUUUUAUAUAAUAUUAUUUCAUUCAAUCGAAAUAAUUUUACUUAUCAAGUUGGUACAAAAAAUAUAUUUUUUUGCAAUGAAUAAUAACUCUAUUACAACUUUCAUAUUUAAUCUUUAUUGAAAUGAAUAAACGAUUGCAGAUAGAAUGUCUGCAAAAAAUGAUAUGAAUUAAUAAGAAAACUAAUUAUUAAGCGACUCGGUGAUGAGCAAAAACCGUUUUGAAAAAAUUUGAAUAUGUAUAUUAUAAAGAAAAGAAUUAUAAUUAAUAAUAAUAAUAAUAAUGAUAAUAAUUAUUAUAACAAUUUAUACGGAGCAUAAAUCAAUGUCCUUAUUGAAAGUAUAUGAAAAGAAAAAUUAAGACGAAAAAAAAUAUUCGUGUCAUUUAACAAAUUUUUUUGUCAUUAGUCAAUAAUUAAAAGAAACCGUCAACUAAUUGUCUAACUGUGAGCAUUUUGUUUGAGAUGACUUAUGUUUAGGGCAUAUAUUUAGUUUCGCGGAGACUCCCAAGUAUUUUUAUUUGAUUUAGAAUAAAUGAAAUCAAUUAAUAAAUACAAAAAAAAAAAUAAUAAAAUAAAUGAUACAUAAAACUAAAUAUCAUUUUUAAGGUAUAUUAUUAUUAAUUUUUAAUUUUAAGAACAUGUAAAAUGUGUUAGUGAAGCAUGCUUCUACUUAGUGAUUUAGGACAUUGCUAUAAACAAUAGAUAUAAUUACCAUGAAUUAUGAUCAUAAGGCAUUUAAUAAGUGCAGAGUAUUUCUUAAUAAAAUUAUUUCUAAAACCGAA